AUGGCUCCUCCACCCCUUCCUCCGGCAUCGCGCCAACCGGGCGCUCCCACACCUGCAACGUCAGCAUCUUCAGCACGCAUUCCAGCAUCGAAUACAAGCAGCAAUAGCAAGUCUCGCCCAUCGUCAAUGAUCAUACCCAGUCAGCAAAGACAACAGACUCCCACGUCUUCUCCGCGGCCACGCAGCUCUUCCAUCCUUAGUACAGCCGACUCGGCGGCUUCCACCUCCCCCUCUAAUCCCUCUUCGCCUCGUGCUCCCAGGACAUCCUCCUCGGCCUUGCCAAGCAGCUCCAGCUAUCGGAGCUUUCUUGGGCCGAGCAAGUCAAACGACAGGCUCGCCCCUUCCUCCCCAUCUCAGCAGAGAUCAUCCUCGAUGGCCGGCAGCAGUAGCAACGCCGCUGGGCUGAUUGGCCAUGACCCACAUCUCACGCCCACGCCCUCUUCGAGGAAACAGUCCCUCUCUUCGUCGUCAUCGAUGACCUCCAUUGCCUCUGCCGCCUCAGGAGGCUCUUCUUCCUCUGCCAAUAGGGGACCCCGCCUGGGCGCCAGCGACUAUCGGUACUCGCUCGGUCCGGCUCCAGUGCGGUUCCCAAAGGAAGCGGGAGGGUCAAGGAGGGGCAGUGGCAUAGCCGAUGUUGGGCCAGCUCUCCUAUCCGCUUCACCGACAACGUCGAGUGCUUCCGCUGUGAAGAGGCAGAGGACGCCUUCGCCUCGGGCGAGCCGAUCCAGGGCCACGAGCUCCAAUUCGCACCUCAACGAGCCGACCUCGGCAGAUCAGGCAGCAGCAGAAUACCCGGACGAGGAUGAUCAAGAAAUUACGCCUCGGCCCACAAGGCCGCACAGUCGACUGGCUCUCACGAGCACUACCGGGGCGACAGGGGGAAGCAAAUCGGAUGCAAACACACCCGGCAGUUCGUCUUUGCUGGACGUUGAUAAGCGCUUCUCUACCCGCACCUCUUCUUCAGCUACGCUGAGAGGCAAUUAUGCCGCUGGUUCCGGGGGACAUGAUCAGGGCGCCAUACUCGGCAGUAGUGUCGCCUCUUCCUCUUCUGCUCAUCUCCAGAGACCCGGCAUGCCCCCUCGACCCUCCUCGAAGGUGCUCACUACAUUCCCCUUUCCCCACCCUACGACCCCCAGAGGUACGACGGACGAGGAAGGGCGUACCUUGCCCAAUUUGCUCGGCUUCUCGUGGGUCAGCAAGCUGUUCGGCGGUAGUGGUACAGGCGGACAGGACAAGGAGGGAGGAGAAACAGCAGCAGCAGCAGCGACGAGGGUUCACGAGCAACAAGAGGGCGAGAGGAGGGGACUCCUCACUUCCCAGCAAGAGGCGCAGCUGACUCAGACGUCAGGUCCUUCACCAAGGACCUCCCGAGCGGCAGUAAAUUAUGGGGCAGUACCGUCUCCCUCUCCUCGCCCUCGAUCAGAUUAUCAACAGCGCGGAGCUCAGUACGCAGCAACAGCAUCAGUAGCAUCUCAGCAGCCCCGUCGGAAUCCUUCUCUCUCCUCACUCACUACCUCUGAGCCGGAUCCCUCAGACCCGUACGGCUAUCGUCGUCUUGCCGGGCCUGAUCUUCUACCCACUUACCACGCGGAGCACGUGAAUCCUCGCAGGAGGAAACGGGAGCUGCAGCGCAGGUGGGAGAAGAGGCGCAAGGUGUGGAUGGUUGUGGGCGCUGUGUUGCUCUUUUGCGGGUUACUUUUUGUUGGCGCCAAGGCUCUGGAUACGAUGAGGAGUGGUGGUGAGAGUGGGGAGGGUGGUGAUGGGAGUGGCGGUGGAGGACCUCCUCAAGAAGGGGAAAGGGGGCAUGAUAGUGACUCCGGUGGGGAGAAGGACGGCAGUGGGAUGUCGUCCCUCAUAGCCAAGCUCUCGACUCCUCAGGGCGGCGAAAGUACAGACGAGCGGUCGAGAGUCUCGAUGGGCAUCGUUUGA